GAACAAGUGCAAAACGUGGAUGUUGUAGUGGUAAAACAUAUUCAUAACAAACAACAUCUUCGUGAAAAUUUUACAAACAAUUGACAAGAAUUCGCAUCUGCUGCUAUAGAUGGAUCUGAAAGUGUUUGAUCGUGAAACUGGAGUGGGCGAUCGAGGAAUCGAUAAUCCGGCUGCCACAGACGAUUAUGGAUCCCACGUAAGACCUGAUUUGGUAAUUAGCGUUCAGCCGCAAUCACAUGGAACUCGUGCAGAAUUACCAGUGACCACGGUCAACUGGCGCUCCAACCCUCGAGGUCAGUUCAUCCCGGUACAUGGAUUGGACUUUCUAAUUGGAGUUUCCAGUCUUCUAAUACAACAGACCGUUGAGCUUGAUGAUCUGACUUCUAAAAUAGAAUCGGAGAAUCGUUACAUAGUGAGGGUACCGAAUGGAGAAGCUUUGUACAUCGGCAACGAAGUGUCGUGUCCAACCCAGAGGUGUAUCUGUGGGAAUGGUCGAGCCUUCAUGAUGCAUCUUCAUGACAACACGAGGCAAGAGGCCAUGGUGCUGAAGCGAAGGUUGGCGGGGGCAUCUUGUUUGUGGCCUUGUCGACUGCAAGAAAUGAAAGUGAUAACGCCUCCAGGCGACUACGUGGGACGUAUCCAACAAAGCUGUACAUGGAUGAUACCAGAGUACCGGGUUAGGGACGCCAACGACCAGACCCUGUUCAUUAUUGAAGGUCCAGCCGUAUUGAAGAGAAGCGCUUUGAUGUUAUCCGAGUUUAAGAUUCUGACUGCCGAUUCCUCGAGAAUCGUGGGACGGAUAGCCCACGGCUGGGAUCGUAAUCUCGUCAGCUUCGCGACAACUCUCCAAAUCCCUGAUACAGCUGUACAACCUAAACAUAAAGCAUUGCUACUGGCCGCUACGUUUUUAUUGGAGUACACAUAUUUUGAAAGAACAAAAUCGAGUUGUACGAGGUGCCUUUUUUGCUGAACAAAAUGUCCA